AUGAGACAAUCGAUUGUAUCAAAGAGCAUUGAUGACAUGGAGCAGAAGAUCCAUCAUUUGCAGUAUGUUUUGUUCACUCUUAAGGGCGACUCAAGGCUUAAUGCUCUAGAAGAAGAGGUACGGCUUCUGUGGGCUGCAUCAAGAAGUAGUACAACUUGGAUCUUCAACGGUUGCCUCUCAGGCUCAAACGGUCAUGCACUGAUAUGGCUGAUAUCGUUACAGAAAAAUGGAUUCAAAUUCAUGGAGUUUCUAUGGUCUCGCGGGCAUAUGUCAUAA